AUGUCCUCUGGAACAAGUAUCAGCAGAAACAGGCAGGCUCCCAGCCUGCAGGGUGUUGACCCAGAAACAUGCAUGAUAGUGUUUAGAACACAUUGGGCACAGGUUCUGAAAAUCUUAGAAAAGCAUGAUCCUUUGAAAAAUACUCAGGCAAAAUAUGGGGCAAUCUCACCUGAUGAGGCCAGCACUGUCCAGAAUUACGUGGAGCACAUGCUUUUCUUAUUAAUUGAGGAGCAAGCAAAGGAUGCCUCAAUGGGGCCUAUUCUGGAGUUUGUGGUCUCAGAAAACAUCAUGGAGAAGCUUUUCCUUUGGAGCCUACGGCGAGAGUUCACUGAUGAGACAAAAAUUGAGCAACUCAAAAUGUAUGAAAUGCUCGUAACCCAGUCUCACCAGCCUUUGCUGCAUCACAAGCCCAUUUUGAAGCCUUUGAUGAUGUUGCUGAGCUCCUGCUCAGGAACAACCACUCCAACAGUGGAAACAGAGUUGGUUGUCCUCUUGAACCAGCUCUGCUCUAUAAUAGCCAAAGAUCCCUCCAUUUUAGAACUGUUUUUCCACACUAGUGAGGACCAAGGAGCUGCCAAUUUCCUCAUUUUUUCCCUGCUGAUCCCCUUCAUCCAUCGAGAAGGAACAGUAGGCCAACAGGCCCGGGAUGCCCUGCUUUUUAUCAUGUCUCUGUCUGCAGAAAACAACCUUGUUGCAAGUCACAUAGCAGAAAACACCUAUUUUUGCCCAGUGCUAGCAACAGGACUAAGUGGCCUCUAUUCAUCUUUGCCUACAAAGCUGGAAGAAAAAGGAGAAGAAUGGCACUGUCUGAUGAAAGAUGACUGGCUUUUGUCACCAGCUCUUGUACAAUUCAUGAAUUCCCUUGAAUUUUGCAAUGCUGUGAUACAGGUGGCACAUCCCUUGAUACGCAGCCAGCUUGUGAAUUACAUUUACAAUGGAUUUUUGGUGCCAGUAAUGGCUCCUGCACUCCAUAAGGUGACUGUGGAGGAAGUGAUGACUACGACUGCGUACCUGGAUCUCUUCUUGCGCAGCGUUUCAGAGCCAGCCCUCCUCAAGAUUUUCCUCCGCUUUAUCUUGCUGCACCGACAUGAGAAUGUUCAUAUCCUGGAUACACUUACCAGCAGAAUCAACACACCAUUCCGGCUCUGUGUGGUCUCCUUGGCAUUGUUCAGAACGCUCAUUGGCUUGCAUUGUGAAGAUGUGAUGUUACAGCUAGUUUUAAGGUAUCUGAUCCCCUGCAACCACAUGAUGCUGAGCCAGCGGCGGGCUGUGAAAGAGAGAGACUGUUACUCUGUAUCUGCUGCAAAACUGCUGGCCCUGACACCUCUCUGCUGCUCCACUGGAAUCACUUUGACACUUGAAAGCCAAGGAAAAGACUGUAUUCUCUGGACAAAACCAGCACAAACUAAAGAUCCUGAUAGACGCUCUUCUGAAUCUGUUUGCAUCGUGGAAUAUGGAAGAGCUGUGGAUAUCAGCUACUUGCAGUACCUGGGGGAAGCUCAAGAAGCCAUCAUCCAGUGCAUGAAAGAUUGUAAGGUUUGGUCUGCCUUGUAUGAUGGAGUAAAUCCUGAUCCAGACACCUUUAUCCAGACGCUUGCAGAGGAGAACAGUGCGGAUGUGGAGUACCCCAUGUUUCGGCUCCAGCAAAGGACUCCUAGCACGUGCAGCUCUGCUCAAGCAACCCCAUUUAGUGAGAAGAUGCAGCUGGAGCUAGAAUGGGAUGAUAGCUAUGACACAGGGAUUUCUCCUGGUUCUAACGUGAGCUCACCACGACCGUAUGAUGAUCUGGGAAGCACAGAAAUGCAGCCACCUGCAGAGCCACCAAAACACAUUCAGGAAAUGAAAAAAAAUGCCAUUAUGCUCAUCAAAGGCUCUUACAUAGAGGAGUCAGACUUUCAGGAUGAUGUUAUGGUUUACAGGUUAUGUGCCCAGAAGGAUACUCAAGAUGAUGACAGCUCCAAGGAGAAAGCUUUAAAUGUAGCCAGAGAACACAAGGUGCAGAGCCAGACCGUAGUCAAUGGGUCUCUUGCAAAGACCCAGCUGGAAAUGGACUUGGAUGAGCACAGUAAGAGAAAUUCAAGCUCAACUAAAGGUGUAAUGAGAGAACAAAUAAACCAGAAAAUGACUGAGAUUGAUCCACAGCCAGACUUAGAGUUAAAGAUUUCUUCUCAGGAGGCAGAUUGUAACUUAAGUGUAAAACUGCUGAGCACAGAUGGUGAGGAUUUCAUUGCACAGUAUGACAGAAUUAUUAAGGAACUGGUUCCAAACAGUGCAAGCAUGGAGGAGCAGAAGUUGGAUGCUCCUGAUCCUGUCUCUCCAGCAGAAGAAGAGGAGGACUUUGAGAAUUUCUCAGCAGAUACCCCUUCUGCAGAGAGCAUAUCAUCUCCCUUUGGACCAAAGGAUGAUGUCUCUCCCAAGCACUCUCCAAGGAGCCAGAGUGCUCCAUUUACAGGACCAUUCAUCAGCGUAGUGUUGUCGAAGCUGGAGAACAUGCUGGAGAAUUCCUUGCACGUAAAUUUGCUGCUUAUUGGGAUUAUUACUCAGCUGGCAAGUUAUCCACAGCCGCUUCUCCGCUCCUUUCUGCUCAACACCAACAUGGUGUUUCAGCCUAGCGUGCGCUCGCUCUAUCAGGUGCUGGCAUCUGUGAAAAAUAAGAUUGAACAUUUUGCUUCCAUUGAAAAAGACUUCCCAGGUCUUCUCCUGGAGGCCCAACAGUACCUGCUUUUUCGUGUGGACAUGUCUGAUGCUGAGGAAGAAUUGCUCACCAAAGGUAAUGUCCAUCACAGCAGCAACCCAGGGAAAGGAAGGAAUCUUCCUGAAGCUUACCCAGCUGUACUGCAGCCUUUCCUGGGACAGAAAGGAAAGAAAGGCCUGGCUCAUCCCAGCCUUCCUGCACACGUGAGGAACGCUGUACUUGCAGCUGCCCUUUUCCCAGAGUUCCUGAAGGAGCUGGCAGCUCUAGCCCAGGAACAUUCAAUUUUAUGUUAAAAAAUACUGGGGGAUUUUGAAGAUUAUUAUUAGUGGGUUUUUAAAAUGUGUUUUGAGAAAGCUUUUGGAGUUUAAACA